AUGGCUAAUUAUAUGCAACAAGGGUUGUCAGACGAAAUUUCAAUAAAUAUAUUUAAAUAUGUAACAUUCCCUUUAAGCCUUAUAUUAACUUGCAAAAAUUGGUAUAAUAUCUCUAAUGAUCAUAUGGCAAGGGCGGAAUGGAUUGUUAAUCAAUAUGGUCGUGCACACGCACUAUUUCAUUCUAUUAGAUUAGGCCCAAAAUUUAUUAAUUUAGCUGUUACUAAAGCGAUAAUUACAAAUGGAGCAAUAAUCUAUGGUUACUUUAUUCAGAGAUUAUUAUUGCAUUUCGGAAAAAUGGAUCAAUUGCUUAAUAAAUUGAAAACGGAACACAAUGCUACUAAUAAUCAAAAUGGAAGAAUUACUCAACAAA